AGCCAAACAUGUCCGCUGAUAAACUACUGGAUAAUGCAAAUCGACUAUGGAAAAUGUUAGAUGAAAUGUCUGAGAACGAUCCAGCUUGUUAUCGAAAAUUUAUUAGUAAACAAAUGGAAUCUUUCCGUAAAACCAUAUCUCCACCCAUCAUAAGAUUUGUUGUUAAGCUUACUCAGAAGUCGAAUAAACAACCUUUGAUAGUCAACUUUUGUGAAUGGUCCAUUGUUCCAGAACCAGAGUCAUCAGAUAGUCCAAUUUCUGUGAAAUGUGGUGAGACGUUUAUGAUAAAUGAAGUGAAUGCUAUCGCAUUAGCUUUCAAUCCAAAAGUAUUUAUUGAGCAUAAUUUUAAUGAAUCAUUGAAAAAUGAUCAAAAAAAUAAUGAAGAAGUAAUUUAUUCCCAAUCUGAGCAUGAUGAUGAUGAUGAUGAUAAUCGUUAUCAACUUGUAUGGCUUGGAUUGAAUUAUUUAGAAAAUGAAAAAUCUUUAUCAACAAUUGAAUCUUUAAGUGUAAAAUAUUCUAAUAAUCCAAUACGUCCGAAACUAUUGAAAUCAUCUGAUAAAUAUGGUAGUGAACAAGAAGUGUUUAAUUCACUUGGUUUUUCAAUCAAACCAAUGAAAACAAAUUCAAAAAAUAAGAAUGACGUUGAUGUUAUACAAAAUUUAACACCAGAAGCUUUAAUGAAAUUGAGAAAUUCAAAAUCAACUGAAAAUGAUGAUGAUGAUGAUGUUGUUGUAGACAGUUAUGAUGCUGAUGCAUGUUCGAGUUCAACAAAAUUAUUUAAACCUUCCAUAAAAAUAUCAAACAAUGACCAAAAUUCAUUAGUUAAUUCAAAUGCGAAGGUUUUGAUUGAAGAAAUAAAAGAAACAUCAAUAGAUUCACAAGAAACAACACUAGAAAUUCCAAAUUCAAUUCUAUGGUCAGCUAAAGUAAUUAAUUCUGACUCAGUUAAGCAAUCAAGCAAGGCUAAUCAGUUGAAAUUAACUUUUAAACUACCCGGAAUAAAAUCUGGCAAACAGUGCAACGUCGAUUUAAAAGUA